AUGGCGGCUGCCAGUACCGAAUUCCCUGCGGACUGGGAUGUCAAUAAAGGCCACCUGGUUCAUAGUGACGAGCCAGAGAAAAUCUACCGAGAAUAUGCUCAUUUGCGCUCGACAUGCCCGGUGGCUCAUGUGGAUGCACACAGUGGGUAUUGGAUCCUGACGAAAUAUGCCGAUGUCAAGGCUACCGCCUCGGACAAUUCAAAGUUCAUCUCAGGAAAGUGUGCUGUUGUGCCCGCAGAUCCCCGGGGAAUCCGACGACCCCCGCUCAAGUUUGAUGGCGAGCAACAUGCACCCUACCGCACCGCUGUAGAUCGAACCCUCAAGCCGGCGCGUUUGAGAAGGUUGGAACCGAUCCUGCGAGGCCAUGCCGAGCGUGAGCUUGGCCGUUUAAUCCAGCGAGGUCAUGGCGACUUAUACGAGGAAUUUGGCGCGCAGUUUUCCGGUUGGGUUGAGAAGGAGUGGCUCAAUCUGGACGAGCCGGAUUCAAAGCUACUCACUAGCGCAAUCACUCCAUUUGUGACGGCGUGGCGGACACAGGAUUGGGCCCUAGUCAAAUCGUCCAGUGAUAUGUUCUACGAGAUUGCCAGGCGUGUCAUUGCAUCACGGAAAGAUAAACUUCUUGACCCGGAAGAAGAUCCUGCGUCAAGUCUGCUGGUCGAGAGGGAUCAUGAUGGCAAUCCUUUGGAUGAUCACAACUUAGUUGGCUGCAUUCGCCAGAUAUUGAUCGUGGCAAUGGUGGCUCCCAGCAUCAUCAUCUCCUCAAUGACGAACCAUCUGAGCAAGGACAAGGAGCUGCAAAAUAGACUGCGUAACGACAAGAAGCUUCUACCAGCGGCCAUUGAGGAGUUCAUUCGAUUGUAUGUUCCGUACCGCGGCUUCUCCCGAACAGCAUUGCACGAAGUCGAGAUUUCAGGUACCAGGGUUCCGCCCGAUGAGCCGAUCACGGUCGUCUAUGCGGCCGCGAACCGCGACCCGGAUCAGUUCCCACAUCCUGACGAGUUCGUGAUGCACCGAGACAAUAUCUCGACACAUCUUGGAUUCGGUCACGGUAGGCACCGCUGUGCUGGGAUGGUGCUAGCACGCAUGAUGCUACGAAUCUACCUCGAGACCUUGUUGGAUCACACGGUCGACUUUGAGGUCGAUGGGGAGAUUCAUUAUGCCCGGCUGCCAGAGAUCGGCCUGACUACUUGCCCAAUUAAGUUUUAUCCUCGGCCUUGA